AAUUAAAUACGUAAGGAUGAUGUGUUAAUUUGUUCUCUAGAAAAUAUCUUUAACGAAACAAGCGAUGUGUAGUAAACAAUCCGUAAGUUAUCCGGAUAUAUCGUAACGGCAUUACAAUGUACGGACGUGUUAUUAGUGUAUUGAGUCACAUUCUAAAGGGCGCCAUAACGACGGAGAGGUGUCCCACAUCUACACCUCGUCAAUCGUCAUUACAACCAUAUUUAUUCAUUGGUGGAGCGAUACGGAACUAGCGUUUGAGUACGUAUACAAUGGCGGAAGGUGUUCCCCAUCCAGACCCUCGCUCUGAAGACAGCACACUACCAAACCUGUCGGACUCCCACCUUCUCGAAUGUCCGAUCUGUCUUGAGCAGUUACGUCAGCCGAAGUCUCUGCCGUGUCGUCAUUCUCUUUGUGAGGAAUGUUUGAGUAGCUACAUCGUCAAUGAGGUGUCAGGGACGAGUGAUACGGCGACUUCCUUUAUCUGUCCGGUAUGUAGGACCCUAACUCACCCUGUGGACAAAACAGAGGACAAAGAGAAAUGGGCCCAGCAGUUCCCGACCGACAACGUUACCAUAGAGAUGAUACAACUGAGAAACAGGACGACAGAGCCACGUUACUGCGCGCCUUGCCAAAGGAGGAAGGGAACCAUGGUACCUGCACAGUUCUGGUGUAAACAUAACGAGUCAUUGUUCUGUGAGUCUUGUAAAGUAGAUUUGCAUGAUAAUAUCCACGUUGGCUGUGAUAUCGUAGAUAUUAAGGCUUCCGAGAAUUGGCAACUGAGGCAAAACACAUCUGACAAAAAAUGCUACAAACACAAGGAUGUGAUUGCUUAUUAUUGCGAGGAUCACAAGUCCCUGGGUUGCAGUAAAUGUAUAACUGUUGGUCACAGGAAAUGUGACAACGUGUCCACAACAGAGGAUUACUGUGAGAAACUGAAUAGUAGCUCCCAACUAGAGGAAAGAAAGACAUUUCUACAACAAGGAGCAGACGACAUGGAAUCCACGAUAAAGGAUUUUUAUCUACGACAACAGAACAUUGCAGACGACAAAGAUGCGGUACUGAAAAGCAUCGACGACCUGCAGGAACGUAUGGAUAAACGUAUCAGAGAGAUGAAGAAGGAAAUCACAGAUGACGUAAUCACGGCGUACAAACAGGAAAGAGAAAAUCUGAAGGUGUCCAUUCAGAAGUUUGAACGGCUGAAGGUCGCUAUACAGAAUACAUUAGAAUCGUCCGCUACAGCACUACAGAGGAACAACCAUAUGGACACGAUCUUGCUGUACCAGAAAGGUCAGACGGAGCUCGAGGCUUUUAAGGAUCUAGUGAAAGAAAUGCAGAUGUCGAUUUCAACUGUCAGUAUUGAACAUGAAAUCGAUUCGGACGUGACAAGUCUGAACUUUGGUAAAGUCGUUGUCCGAAAGCAACGAAGAGAUUUCCCAAGUGGCCCAACUCUCGUCAAACCUUUAUCCCAAUGUGAAGUAAAGGAAAUAAGAAAGGUGAACAUAAAAUGUCCGUCUGAUCAAUUUGCUUGUGAUGCCCGUGGUGUUGUAUACCUUCCUGACGGCAGAAUUGUGGUGGGAGAUAACAACAAUCAGAAGAUCAAGUUAAUAAACGAUGAGGGGAAUGUUGUGGACGAGUUAAACUUGGAUGGAUGUCCGUGGGAUCUGUGUAUGGUGGAUAACACCACUGUGGCGGCCGCUAUACAGAGUCCCGGAGGUAUACGUGUAGUGACUGUGACACCCUCCAAACUUACACUGUCGUCUGUAAUAAACACAAACCAACAAUAUAUCGGUAUAACGUACAGAAAUGGUGAGUUUAUCGUGCCUACAGGAUUCGAAAUCUGUAGUGUUAAGAAAGACGGGACGACCAAGACGUUAUAUCGAUAUACUGGUGAUGUAUACGCGUUGUCACAUGAUUCCAAGGACGGACAGCUCUUUGUCUCUCAUCAUACCGUUACUACUGGCAGUACGGCGAUUGGUAGGUUGUCUACUGACAACAAGUACACGGACGUGUUGAAGGUUGGUGUAGUGAAGUAUGCGUGUGGAGUGGACGUCGACGUGGAAGGUAACGUCUAUGUAUGUGGUUACAGCUCCAACAACGUGGUACAGAUGUCCGGGGACGGGACUAACGUCCGGGAACUGUUAACGGCAGCGGACGGUAUCACACACCCAAUAGCAAUAUCUGUUUGUGGUGAUAAACUGGUGGUAACAAACGUAUCAGAUCAGAGGGAUUCCAUCCAAGUGUUCCAACUUGUAUGACUUGCAGAAUCAAUCGUACACAAUAUCGACAUUUGACAUAAUAGUGUAUUCUUGAUAUAUAUACCAUUAACAUAACUGUUCUUGUUUAUUUAACGAAAAUGUAAAAAUCAUUUCUAUCGUAAAUAUGAAUGAUGGAUGAAAUCAAAAGUGUUUAUAUUGAAGUGAAUAUCUUACGUUUAAAUUACAAAUAUCAGUUAUUAAAUAAAAAAUAUUACCUAGUUCUGAAUGAAGUGUCAGUUACGCAUUUACUUUUUUCGUUGACAUUGUCGGACUAACAAUCAAAGCGGGUAUUUUCAAUUUGAUAUGAAUAUAUACGGUAAUGUUACAUGUGAUAAAAUAGCUCUAAUUAAUCAUUUGAAACAUAAAAUGUCGACUUGUUCGUGAAUUAAGGAUAGGAGAUAAUUGUUUUAUUGCAAAGUAUGUAUACUUAAAUAAAGACUUUUCUCUAAUUUAAGCAU